CGGCCCCGGCUCUGGCCGGCCCUCGCGGCGGCCGCCCGCGUUCCGCGUCCCCGGGAAGUUGUCUCCGGAGCCCGCGGCGCCUGGGUCUCCUCCCCCUGAGCCCCGCCCCCCCCGGCCCGAGCUGGGAGCCGCGAGCCGCCCGGCCCGGGGGCGUUGCCGCUCGCUCCGAAGCCAGCAAGUCUCAGCUUCCCUGCGCGGGGCGCGCGUCCCCCGCCUAGCCGGGGACCCCCGCGCACCCCCGAGACGGCGCGCGCCCAGAGCGCGGGAGCCCGGAGCGCCGGGCGCCUGGGACCCUGCGGAACCGCUGCUCAGACUGCGGGGCUCGGCAGGGAUGCAGGCUGCGCUGUGAGCCCGGGCGCCAAGGCCAUGUCCGGCGCCCGCUGCCGGACCCUGUACCCCUUCUCCGGGGAGCGGCACGGCCAGGGACUGCGCUUCGCCGCGGGCGAGCUCAUCACGCUGCUGCAGGUCCCGGACGGCGGCUGGUGGGAAGGCGAGAAGGAGGACGGGCUCCGCGGCUGGUUCCCGGCGAGCUACGUGCAGUUGCUGGAGAAGCCGGGAAUGGUCCCCCCUCCACCGGGAGAGGAAAGCCAGACCGUUGUCCUUCCACCAGGCUGGCAGAGCUACUUGUCCCCUCAGGGCCGGCGCUACUAUGUCAACACGGCCACCAAUGAGACCACCUGGGAGCGUCCCAGCAGUUCUCCUGGGAUUCCAGCCAGCCCUGGCCCUCACAGAAGCUCUCUGCCUCUGACAGUGAAUGGAUACCACACGUCAGGGACCCCAGCGCACCCUCCUGAGACUGCCCACAUGAGUGUCCGAAAAUCCACCGGUGAUUCCCAGAACCUGGGAUCCUCGUCACCAGGCAAAAAGCAGAGCAAGGAAAACACCAUCACGAUAAACUGCGUGACAUUUCCUCACCCAGACACGAUGCCGGAGCAGCAGCUGCUCAAACCAACCGAAUGGAGCUACUGUGACUAUUUCUGGGCUGAUAAGAAGGACCCCCAAGGCAACGGAACCAUGGCUGGGUUUGAACUGCUGCUUCAGAAACAGCUGAAGGGCAAACAGAUGCAGAAGGAAAUGUCAGAGUUCAUCCGGGAAAGGAUAAAGAUUGAAGAAGAAUAUGCAAAGAACUUAGCUAAGCUGUCUCAGAACUCCUUGGCUGCCCAGGAGGAGGGCUCCCUGGGAGAAGCGUGGGCGCAGGUGAAGAAGAGCCUUGCCGACGAGGCUGAAGUUCACCUCAAGUUCUCCGCCAAGCUUCACAGUGAGGUGGAGAAGCCCCUCAUGAACUUCCGCGAGAACUUCAAGAAGGACAUGAAAAAGUGUGACCACCACAUUGCAGACCUCCGCAAGCAGCUCGCCAGCCGCUAUGCCGCGGUGGAGAAGGCCCGGAAAGCCCUCACGGAGCGGCAGAGAGACCUGGAGAUGAAGACCCAGCAGCUGGAGAUAAAGCUGAGCAACAAGACGGAGGAGGACAUCAAGAAGGCGCGGAGGAAGUCCACACAGGCGGGAGAUGACCUCAUGCGCUGUGUGGACCUCUACAACCAGGCCCAGUCCAAGUGGUUUGAAGAGAUGGUGACCACCACGUUGGAGCUGGAACGGCUGGAGGUGGAGAGGGUGGAGAUGAUCCGGCAGCAUCUGUGCCAGUACACGCAGCUGCGGCACGAGACGGACAUGUUCAACCAAAGCACAGUCGAGCCUGUGGACCAACUGCUUCGAAAAGUGGACCCAGCCAAAGACAGGGAGCUGUGGGUCAGGGAGCACAAGACGGGCAACAUCCGCCCCGUGGACAUGGAGAUCUAGACACACGGCCUGGGGGGUCCUGCCGAGGAGGGGCUGGGGUCCCACGCAGAGGAGGUGGCACUCCUGCCAGGGGGGGACCUGCUCCCAAGCGGGGCUGCUCUCCCACCCGCUCUCCUGGUCCACUGAGGAGAGGGGACAGUGAAGCCAGAAGGGCGGCCCGGAUGGCCCCGUGGGGAGCUCCUCAGUGUUCCCAGGCCGAGAAGAUGGAUCCACAGCCCUGCCCUUGUCUCCGAGGUUGAAGCCCCCCCAAGUCCCAUGCCGUGCUUGCCACUCCGAGAACAAACCGAGGCUGGAACGUUGUGGUCCCUGCUGAGCACCAGAGAGGUCCCCUCCCCACCCAGAGCCAGCUGUGUCACACGCUCACGCCCCUGGAAGCCCCAAGGCCCUUCCUCCAGCCAGCCCGCUUGUCUCCAGGGCUUUGGAAGGGCGGGGGAGAGAGGUCUCUGUCUCCAAGCCAAGUGUCAGGAUCAGAAUCGUGGAUAGAAGGCACCUUUCAGCUCAACAGCCCGCACCCAGAAUCCUUUGCAGCAGCCCUCCCUCUUUGUUUUUUCCCAUUGCAUAUUCUGGGAGCCCACAUCCUGGCUCUUCUCUGCUGCUUUUCAUCACUGGGAGUCUUGGGAAGAAUGCCUGCCUCCUGUUUUCCCAGACCGACCCUGCCUGCAGAGGUCAGGAGGGAACUACCUCAUUCAGCAAAUUCGCCCCAAGUUGGAGCAUUGAAUCGUGUUUCCUAUUAGAUCGGGCAUCAAUGUCACGUGCUGUCUCUGGGCAGCCCCGUCCACCCAGCCCACAGCCGCUUCCUCGGGUGAGCUCCCUCUUCCACCCUCGCUUGUCCUGGGGGCUGGGUCAGUCCCGUGUUGGAGAUGGGUUGGGGCAAGUGUCUGUCGCCCCCCAGAUGGCCCCACCUGCCUAGGCACAGCGGGGUCGGGACCACCGUCUCGUGUAUGGCUCUCACUGGCAGGCACUGUGCAGGCAUCGCAGACUCUCGUAGCCGCAGUACGUGUCACCAGGCAGUCUGGCACCUUGGCCUCUCAGCUCCUGCACGUUUCAAAUCCCCGCACGGAGCCCCUGCUUGGUGCUGCUACCCCCUUGCCCUUUGCCCACCUCCCCAUUCCUGGGAGAGCCUGGUCUGAGCGUGACCUGGGAAGCUUUGGCACCGCCAUCGGGUCCUCACUCAUCACUUUCUCCCUUACGUGUUAAAUCUUGAGAAGCAGCUCGAGGCCACGGGAGGAAGAAAAGGGCUGAAGGAGGUCAGACGGCUUGCAAGGGGCACGUUCUGGCCCGGAACCCGCACCCUGAGAACCCAUCUUUCCCGUUAAUCUUUCCCUUGAUUACUUUGGAUUCACAGGACUCACGUGUUUCUCGUGAGGGCAGACGUCUGAGGUAACUCACUGGUCCUUCUCUCUGCCGUCCAUGCUGGUAACCGAUGACUUGUUAUUCUUGACUCUUUUGGCACCUCUGCCUUUUGAGUCACUGUGGCGGCCUCGUAGUUACGGUAGAAAGAUGCCGUAUAGCCUAAAGCAAACCAAGCUUUGCCAGUUUCUUUAUUGAAACAUCCCAACCAGAAAGGUCAGCAGGAAGGCCUUCACCAACAUGGAGGCCAGCAGGACGGAUGUGUGUCUGGCAUGGAGAACCACUCCUGGUCUGAAGUUGGGCCAUGACACCAGCUGCCAGCUUGGGGAUAUCAUUUCUUUGGUUUCUCUGUCAAAGAUCGGUGCUAGUAGUAAUUGCUUUGUGGCUUGCUAAACUAAUUUGUGGGCGAUUUCCCGACAUUCAAAGCCAACAGCCUUGUUAUUAACGCAGAUACUUUAAGUGUGAUAUCGCUCGUUGAUUUUGUUUUCUCAUCCCCAUCUGAGGAUUCCGGAGUCUUCUGUGCUUCCCUGGGGCUCUCUUGCCUCUCUCAGGGUAGCCCAAGUUGGCCCCUUGUGGGCCAGUCUAUUUUCUGAAGUCAUUCUUUCCCCCUCAUCCUUUUCUCUCGGUUUCGUUAGCCCUUCCACAUCUUUUUCUUUUUUCUUCCCUCGUUUAUUCAUUCAUCAGGCAUUUAGCUGAGCCUGGGCAAUGUGCUAAGAUCUAGGGACAAGGUAUGGCCCUGUCAUCCGGGAAGCCCACAGUCUCUUGUUUGGUAUAGACUUGUCUUUUCUCCAGGGGUCUUGCAGGUCAGUAACUUUGGCAUUCACAUACAGGUACUCGCUGCAGAAUUUAGGUUUGCAGAGACACUGUCUGUUGUGCUGAUAGCUCUUCUUUCAUUCGUUCCCUCAUUCACUCAUUCAUUCAUUUAAUCGGCAGACACUUGGGGCAAGCCAGGCAUUGUGCCGGUACUAGAAAUGUAGCUGCGUACCAGACAGGCACUCCGCCUACUCCGCGUAGGUUAUAGGAGGGUCUGCCUGGCUUGAUUCAGGGUGAGUGGCCCCAGGCCAUCCUUGAGCACAUCCGUUGUUCCAUUUCUGAGGACAGGUGAGCCUCUUCUACCUGGGAGACACGGGUGCACUUCGUUUUGUCUGUGAUAGCCCUGAUUUUUUACAAAACAGUCUCUAAAACAAAAGUGAGUUGCCACGAAAACCUCCAGGAAAAGCUACUUGUUCCUCUCCAUUUUUUUUUUCUCUUGCUUUUGAUCAGUAUUGCAAAGCCCUGGCCAGCUGAGCCACAGGGACGGCUGCCCCAAGGUUCUGCCCGUGGAACCGCCUUGGGCCUCCUUUCACUGGGGCUGAUUAAUGAUCGAAGCAAACUCAGGAACCAGGGGUUUGUUUCUGUUCCCUUUGUGAAAACCAAUCCAUUACGAGAUUAGGGGAUGGGUGCAGAGAAAUCCUGGUGGAGCCAAAGCCCCCUUCUUGGCAGUUCAAGCCAUGAAAUUCAAAGGACGUCAAAGACCUCAGCUUGUUUAAGUGAUUUUACUUGCAGCUGUGAGUGGCCUUGACAAGGAGAGUUUAAACAGGAUUCUGCAGACCUGCUGCUGACUAUGUAGGUGGGGAAAGCCUCGGACAAAUGUUAAGUGGGGCGCAGACCAGCGGCCGGCUUCCUUAGCCGGCAUACUGUCUUAUUUCCAUAAACCUCCCCGCCCCUACAAGUCCCCCUGCCUUUUCUUUUUACAAGUUUAUUGAGAUCUUUGACGUUUGGUAUCGGGGAUUCAUUGACAUACAGUAUAAUUCACCCUUUUGAAGUCUACAGUUCAGUGAAUUUUGACAAAGGUACACAGCCUUGUAACCAGCACCGAAAUCAACAUGGUAUUUCCAUCACUCCAGAACAUCCCCUCAGGCUCCUUUGAUGUCCAUCCACUCCUCCCACCCCCAGCACCUGGUGACCACUGAUGGAUUUUCUGACCCUGCAGAUUCGCCUUUUCUAGAAUGUCGUAGAAGUGGAGCCACACUGCAGCAGCCUUAGAGUCUGGCCUCCGUCACUCGGCCCGUUGCCUCUGAGUCACCUUGUGGCUGGAUGUCAGGAGCUUGUCCCCUUCUAUCUCCGAGUAGCGGUCCGUUGCAUGGGUGCUCCCCACUGCUUCCUUGCUUUUAAAAUGAGUUGUCUGCCCCCGAAGUUCCUGGCCUGGGGUCUUAAGCUCGUUUGCACAGCUGCUUUCAGCCAGCGGCGCCCACGAGCGGUUCUUGGGGCUCACGCCUGCGUUUUCGGAUCGUGGCGGGGGGAGGGGGCGGGCAGGGUCUCCACUGCCCUCCAUUUCCGCUGGCAUCUCAGCUGGUAGUUCUGCUUGCUUCGGGGGACCCUCCCUUCAACUCGCCCAGUCCCUGCCAUUUGGUGAGGGUUAGAGGGUGUGGAAGGUGGGUGGAGGGAGCGUGGAUGAGAAGACAGGGAGCCCAUCACCACCCUCUCCUGGAUCUCUGUUCCUUCAUCGGCAAACUGAAGGUGUUCGUUCUAGACGGUCUCCCAGGCCUCCUCCAGCUGCUGCGUUCUGUCUCCUCCCCUUGGCACCUCCAGUUUUGUACCCUGUGCCCACGUCAUGCCCAAUCUGUGUCCCGUCAGCACGGCUGUGCGUGAUGUCACCUAACACCCUCAUGAGAGGGAUACCCAGGCGCUUCUCUGUUCAGACACAAAAACUUACGAGUUUCGUGAGCUGUUGAGAAUGAGGUAGUUCCUCCUUGGACCCCUAAAGAAAGCAGAAGCCAUUAAUUUUCCUCCACCAAGUUUUGACACCAUGUCCUGAAAGUCACUUCCAAGGAGCAUAAUAAACAGGCAUGAAGACACGGCCCCCUCCCUUCAGGUGCUUGUCGCUGCCGGAACUUUGCUCACCUGGCCUGUGCCCUCACCGUACUGGAUGGUGGCAGAGAGAGGGCCACACCCAGCUGACACUGGUCAGCUCUGGGCCUGACCCCCAAGGUAAGAACUCCUCCAGGCACAUCCUGAUCGUGCCCUGCUCAGUGAAAGUUGAGCCCCGGAAGGCAACCAGCACCUCUCCCAGCAAAUGGAAGACAUUCUUGGGUCCAGGCCAGGUGAAGGUAUGGGCCAUGGAACCCAAGUCACAGGGCCCCACGCUGCCAGGGACCACGAAAGACUUUCACACCAUGAAAGUCAUUCCUGUCGGGCCUUUCCUGAAAGUGAGGGACCCAACUCCCCUUUCCUGGUUUGGGUGAGACCAAGACAAGGGACAAAAACCAAUGUUCCAUUUCCCCUAACCCCCUAGAUGCUGGGGCGUGGCUGUUGGGUGCCUUUGUUGGGAGGUGCCUCUGAGGGAAGAGGGGCUGUGAUGAACUUGGAUCUCUAUGCGCUGUUCAGGGGAAUUGACCCUUUGUGUCUGAGGGAAAUUCCUAAUGGGAUUGCAGCGGCGGGAUGCAGGGGCUCAGACACAUGCGUGCUCUCCUGGGGACAGUGUGACAUGGGGAUGAGGAAGGAAAGCAUAUGGUACCAGGGCAAGAGCACCGGACUGGCCCUGCUCUGCUGUCUCAUUUGUCCCAUAACCUGAAGUUAAGUCACCUCCCCUCCCGGGACCCGUGUGUUACCGAGUGGAGUUGCUCCCCAUCCGGCGCCACACGCGGCAGCAGACUGGCUCUCGGGACUGUGGCCUCCAGGCAGCCAUGUGGACCCAGGGACAGUCAUUCAAAGGGACACGAGCCAUCCUUGGUGACAGGGGCCCCAAAUUUGCAUCUCUGCCCUUAGGAAGGAGAUGAAGGGGGUGGGCAGCCCUUUCACAAACGAGCACAUCAGCAAACCCCAUGAAAGUGGAAUUUUCUAACAGACUUGCUUGUUUGCUCUGUUUUCUGUAACUUUUGCUAAAUACUUUAUACAUUUUUAACGUUAAACAGCGGUGUCUCCUCCAGCAUUCCUCCUCCCAGAAUGAAUGUGUUUACUCCACACUGUAUAUCCUCCCGUCCCCUGGCUGCCUAGAUCAGUAAAUAAAAUUGACGUACUAUAAUUUAUAAGUAACACUCUUGAAACUCUGAUCCCUAUGGAGGCUGUAAUCCACCCUUCCCACCCUGUCCCCACCCCACCCCCAGCCCCGUAAUAGCAUUUGUGUGUAUUAAUGCUGAAAAGUUAAAUGUUUAAAGGGUUUAAAUUUUGAAGGCGUUUGCUAUAUAUAAUUGUUCUGCAUUAUUAUAAAGCAUUUUCAGGAAGUUA